UUCCUCUUCUCCCUUUCUCUCACCAAAAGCCACCACUCACACUUUUCCUGUUCUCCACUGAACACUCCGGUCACUCCCACAAUGGUCGACGUCGAUCGGAGAAUGACCGGCCUCAACCCGGCCCACGUCGCCGGCCUCCGCCGCCUCUCCGCCCGAGCCGCCGCAGCCCCAACAACUCCCUCCAACACCAAACCCUCCCUCCCUGUGCGCAACGGCCUCCUCUCAUAUUCCUCCCUGGCCGAGAAUCUCAUCACCCACCUUAAAACCUCCGGCAUCCAAGUCCAGCCGGGUCUGUCCGAACCCGAAUUCGCCCGCGCCGAGGCCGAGUUCGGCUUCGCAUUCCCGCCCGACCUCAAAGCCGUUCUCUCCGCUGGCCUUCCGGUGGGCCCAGGUUUCCCAGAUUGGCGCGCACCCGGUGCUCGCCUCCACCUCAAGGCCUCGCUGGACCUCCCCAUCGCCGCGAUUUCGUUCCAAAUUGCCCGGAAUACCCUCUGGUCCAAGUCGUGGGGUCCGAGACCGUCCGACCCGGAAAAGGCCCUCCGGGUCGCGAGGACCGCCUUGAAAAGAGCGCCGCUUUUGAUACCCAUUUUCAACCAUUGCUACAUUCCUUGCAACCCUUGCCUCGCCGGAAACCCCAUCUUCUUCGUCGACGAGAAUCGGAUCUUCUGCUGCGGGUUGGAUCUAUCCGACUUCUUCGAGCGCGAGUCGGUUUUCCGGAAAUCCGACUCCGACCCGUACAUCCUCAAGAAGCAACGAUCCGUCAGCGAAAAAUCGGCCGGGUCGUCCGCGAAUUUUUCUCGCCGGAGCCUCGACACGGGUCUCGGGUCCGGAGCCGCCAGAACCCCGAGAUGGGUCGAGUUCUGGAGCGACGCCGCCGUGGACCGUCGCCGGAGAAACUCCUCAUCAUCCUCAUGUUCCUCGCCGGACAGGCUAUUCGAUUUGCCGAGGUCCGAAUCCCCGAAAUGGGUCGACGACUACAUUGAUCAGAUAGGAUCCGCUUUGAAACUGGGCGGGUGGUCCGACUCGGAUAUAUCGGAUAUCGUAUCGGUUUCCGCGUCCGGGUUUUUCGAAGGCGAGAUGGUCAUGUUGGACAACCAAGCCGUGCUGGACGCUCUGCUGCUCAAAGCGGACCGGUUCUCGGACUCGCUCCGAAUGGCCGGGUGGAGCUCCGAGGAAGUAUCCGACGCGCUGGGUUUCAAUUUUCGCGCGGAGAAGGAGAAGAAACCGGCGAAGAAGCUGUCCCCGGAGCUCGUGGAAAGAAUCGGGAAACUGGCGGAGUCGGUUUCCCGGUAAAUUAAUUUUUCUAAUUUAUUUUUUUGAAAAUAUCCAUCCGGAUCUCGGGUUUCGGGUUUUCGGGUUGAGAAAAGAAAUUAUAAAUACGUGGGUAGACGCGUCUGUGUACUGUGAAAAACAAAGCGUAUAAGAAGUAAAAACAAGUUCCAAAUUUUACAAGAAAUAUAUAAAUAAAAUUUAAAUUUUUUU